AAGUAAUAAACAGGGACAAUCUUAAAAAAAAAACAUUUGUAACUCUUGUUGAUAAUUUAGUAUGUAAACAGUAGUGCCAGUGGACGGUGGGUUGUUCAAAAUGUGGAGUUACGUCAUAAUUACACUGUGUGCAUUUGCCAUCUGGUUGUACUUGCAUUGGAGACAUACAUCUCAAUAUUGGAGCAAGCGCGGUGUCCCACAUUUGCCUCCUCAUCCUAUACUGGGCAGCCUUACCUUCCUACAGCGACGCAAUCCGGCAUUAUGGCUGCGAGAGAUGUAUCGUCACUUCGAUACUCCAUAUGUCGGAUUGUGGUUAGUAUGGCGACCGGCUUUGUUGGUUAACAGCCCAGAUAUAGCUCGAAGAGUACUGGUAAAAGAUGCUGACAACUUCAAAAAUAGGUUUUUGAGUUCAGGAACUUCAGACCCAAUCGGCCAACUCAAUUUGUUUACAGUCAAUGAUCCAAUUUGGAGUUACAUGAGGAAACGUUUGUCACCCGUGUUUACUUCUGCGAAACUGAAAAAUCUCAACGGUCUUGUUACUGAGAAGGCGUCUCUUUUGAUUCAACGUAUCCACAAUGAAUGUAAAAGAAGCGACCCAAUAGACUUGAGGUCAAUGUAUUCCGACUAUACCACGGACGUGAUUGGAACAGCUGCCUUCGGCGUAAGCAGUGAAGCUACUCUUAACGGCAAGAGUCACUUGAGGGAUGUCACUAAAGAAUUCAUGAAGUUUAAUGUACUCAGAGGCAUCGCGUGGUGCAGUAUAUUUUUCUUCCCCAGACUAGUUGAUAUUUUCAGAUUCUCAUUUUUCCCGAAAACUACAACAGAUUACUUCAGGAGAGUGUACCGAGCCAUGGUGAUACAACGGAGGGACAAUAUCGGACGAGAAAAUAAAGAUUUACUUGAUGCACUGUUGAAGAUUCAAGAGGAAUCAGUGAAGAAUAACGAGGACGUAACUGAAGACAUGCUCGUGUCUCAGGCUGCGAUAUUUUUACAAGGUGGUUUCGACACUUCUGCUUCGACACUCACGUUCAUGACUUACGAAGUAGCUCAUCAACCACAAAUACAGGAGAAACUCUACAAAGAAAUACUGAAUGCUUCAGAAAAGUAUACUAAAGAAGAAUUUAACUCGAUUAUUUUAUCCAAUGGCUUAACCUAUAUGAAUUGUGUCAUUAAUGAGACUCUCCGAAAAUACCCCGUAAUGGGCUGGCUCGAUCGGAUUGCUGCUAAUGAUUACCAGAUAGACAGUAAGCUGACCAUCACCGCUGGAACGCCAGUAUACGUGAAUACAGUGGGCAUGCACUACGAUCCCAAAUACUUCCCGCAACCUGAAAAGUUUGAUCCUGAUAGGUUCCUGCAUGGAGACGUCGAGCCGUUUACGUAUAUGCCUUUUGGUGAAGGCCCAAGAGUAUGUAUAGGUCAAAGGUUCGCUUACAUAACGUUGCGCAAGGCAAUGACUGCCAUAUUUUUGAACUUUGAAGUUCGUCCACUGGCCAAUACUCCGAAACCCGAAGAAUGUGAGUUAGAGAAGAAAGGAUUGUUCCUGGUGCCAGCAAACGUCAUGUCAGUAGAGUUUGUACCAAGAAACAGGACAUUUUGAUCGGCGGAAAAAAUUUGAACAAAUUUAUUUCUGUAAUGGCUAGGUACAAUCUCCUUGUGUUGUUGUUUGAUUUAUUAAUUAAUAAAAGUUUACUUGUAAUUUUA